AUGGACAAUCACCAUCGUCCCUCUACAAGCUCCGACGCCGCCUCCAUCCUCUCAGGCUCAACCGUCUUCUCCAAAGAAACCCCAACCCAGCUAUCACCGCCAAAGACCGACGCAAUCGAUGCUGUAAAGCAGCGCAAGAGCAUGCGACAGCGCGUUCGCAACGUCGUCGCCGAUCUCGGACGUCCGCCGACUGCGAGGGACGAUGAGGAGAGUGGAAUGGCGACGCAGAGCCGUAUUGACGUUGGGCCUGCGCCUGGAACGGUUUUGAUGGGUUCUGCGACUGUCUGA